GGGCACAGCAGCGGCAUCAUCCAGCCACGGCAGCAAACCCUCCGUCUUGUCGACUUCUAUAUCCUCCGGGCUCCAAUCCCCGCCGCGAGAAUCCUACGGCAGCCUCACCAGCUUGUCCGGUGUAUACCUGACAAAUCACACCCGGAACAGCUAAGUGCCCCCAAGCUGCCAGACACUUCAUCCUAGAUAAUGUUCAGCUGCGCCGCUCCUGAUCUCUCGGAAUGACCAUCGAAUGACUCAAGCUGAGCGGUGAAAAGUUGGUCAGACUGGCGUCAUGGCGAACAGGAGAAGAAGCAGCAUGGUCGAGAUCUCCUCUGCUGCGCUCCUGGGCUAUCUAGCGCCGGUUUGCGUCGCCUUUGUUUUCUUCUGCGCUUGGGUCUUCAUCGGCGCCCGUCGUCGUCGUCGCCUCACUCGCUAUGCCUACGAGGACCCCGAAACUGCCCCCCUGGGAUCCGACAGAGUCACCAUCUCACAUGCUGUUGUUGAUGAACGGUUCCCCAAAGUCCCGUAUAAGAAGUGGCGCGAUCAACAACAGAAAUCAAAAAGUCCGUUGUCGUCUACCGUGGAGCCGCCCCCUCUUCCUCCUCCUGAACGCUCGCUUGCGUCCCUUCAGGCAGGUGUCGAAAUAAACGAUAAGAAUCAACCCCCUUCGUCCGAGACUACUGGUCCUGCUUCUUCGAGGGAUAUUGAACGAGAUAGCGGCGAUAAGAAGAAAGACACCUUGGACAUGAGAAGCGAGAUACUCAAUCCUAUUCCCGAAAUCAACGAAUCCCAAAUCCAACCUCAAUCUAACAAUCCUCCCAACGAAAACAAAAACAAAGAUGCGAUAUCAGAAUCAGAAGACGACCCAACCCGCAUGUGCGCAAUCUGCAUGGAGCAAUUCACCCCCGACGACGACAUCCGGGCCCUAACCUGUCAACAUAUCUUCCACUCGGGGUGUUUGGACCCGUGGCUUACGAGACGACAUGCUUGUUGUCCGUUAUGUAAGAUGAGUUAUUGUACCAGGGGUCGGGGCGAGAAUGGGACUGGGAUUGGGAUUGGGAAUUGGAAUUGGGGAAGAGGGGUUUCGGUGACGGCGCCGGAGGCGGUGGUUGUUAGGGGGAUGUUUUGAUUUAUUUAUCUAUCCUUGCUUUCUUUUGAGAUGUGGGGUUUCUUUUGUUUGGUGUUGGG